AUGAGUGAUGGGCGCGCACCUUUGAUCGCCCUGGCCGCGUGGUAUGACCAGCAGAUAAAGGCGCGGCCGCUGGCGACGAAGGCCUGGACCUCCUCGUUCCUGGCGGCGUGCAGCUGCGCUGUGGCGCAGGCUCUUCGGCGCCGGGCCUCGCUGAAGGAGCUGGUGAGCUUCGCUGUGCAGGCAGCGCCGCCCUUUAACCACUUCUGGUUCGACUUCCUCGAUCGUCGCGUUGGGCCAGGCCGGAUUGUGCUGAAGACCGUCGUGGACCAGGCCCUUUUCCGACCCGUGAUGAUUCUCUACAGCUUCGUUCUUAGCGGCUUGCUGAGCGGCAGGAGCUGGAGGCAGGUCCGGGAGACAGUCCGCCACAACCUGCUCAAGGUGGUCGUUGCUUCGUGGAAGGUCUGGCCUGCAGCGAUGCUUCUGACGCACAGGUACAUUCCCACACACUACCAGUCGACUUUCACUGACGUCCUGGCUUUCUUUUGGGACGUGUACGAGAGCUCAGCGAUGAGUGAUUGA